UGUUGGAUAUCGGACAGUGGACUGUUAAACAUCACCACAGUUUCGUUUGGUGACCGAGGCAAGUAUACUUGUGUAGCCUCGAACCAUUAUGGCAGUGUCAAUUACACAGUGACUCUGAGAGUCAUCUUCACCUCGGGGGAUAUGGGUGUAUACUAUAUGAUUGUUUGCCUUGUUGCAUUCACCAUUGUGAUGAUCCUGAACAUCACACGCCUGUGCAUGAUGAGCAGCCACCUCAAGAAGACUGAGAAAGCCAUCAAUGAGUUCUUCAGGACCGAGGGAGCGGAGAAACUGCAAAAGGCCUUUGAGAUUGCCAAGCGCAUCCCGAUCAUCACCUCCGCCAAAACCCUGGAGUUGGCCAAAGUCACCCAGUUUAAGACGAUGGAGUUUGCCCGCUACAUCGAGGAGCUUGCCAGAAGCGUCCCACUCCCCCCUCUCAUCAUGAACUGCAAGAUGUUCGUGGAGGAGAUCAUGGAAGCCGUGGGCAUGGAGGAGCCAAGCCAUAUCUACGUGGGAGCUGGACCAGCGAGUCAGGAAAUUCCAGAUGAGGUGUACACGAUACCAAAUUCUUUAAAGCGCAGUAACUCGUCAGCAGGGGACUCGGAUGAAUCAUCUUUGCACGAGCAGCCCCAGCACAUCGCGAUCAAGGUGUCGGUGCACCCUCUGACGGCUGGGGAUGAACCGGAGGGGCAGUGCCGACCGGGCGGUGCCCUCCAACCGGAGCAAGAGGCCAAGGAGGCGGUGGCGACGCCAGCAGCCGUCGAAAGUAACCCCCAGGUCGGGCUGACGGUGACGGAGAGUGCCGGCAAGGUUGUGACGGUGGUAACCGAAAAAGCCAACUGCGCCACCUCUGUCUUAGCAGAGAACAGCAACUCUGUGACACCUAUGGUGAUUGGGAAAACCCCUCGGGUCAUAUACGAGAGCCAUGUGUAGCUGACACACAAAACUGCGGUUCAGCCCUUUAGGCUACCAUGCAAUGGGUUCGCUGAUGAAUAAAAUUAGCCUUAACUGGAAGACGAUCAUUGCGGAAGAGCAGACAAUUAUGAUAAUGCAUGGGUUUCUGUUUAAAUUCUGUUGCAUUAGGUUAUCACUGACUUCGUAUUUAGGUGGUUGACAUAUUUGGGGAAAAUAAAUUACUUUAAGAGUUUUUAUUUUAAAACAAAAAAUGAACUCCCACUUCGAAAUUCCUUUCAGUAAGAUUCUUUUAGGUAAAAGUCACUGUCCAUUGAACGAUUUAAACUGGCCGUUUUAGCUCACUUCACUGCCUUACACACAGCUGGUCAGUUGUAUUAUCAGUUGUUACACACAGUUAUCACACACAUGCUUCGUACUAAAAUGUAGUUGACCCAGUAGAAUUUCUGUAAUCUUUAGAGUAAAUUUACAAAGAAAUAUUCACGCACAAGAAAACUAUUUCUGAUUUUAGAAAGGGAGAAGGGGCAAAACAGAUCACUGGUAAACUACUGGGAAUGCACAGCCAAUCGAUGAGAAUGGCAUAUUUUAGAUGGAGGUCACUUUUUUAACGCCUGAGAAUUCCUUUUUACAGAUUUUAAAAAAAAACUCAAAACACACCUUUCAACACCUCAAAAUCUCUUUGAAGCACUUUACAAUUUUUUUUGCACAUUUCUGAUACAUAACACACACACACACACACACACACACACACACAGCAGCAGGUUUGUACACAGUAAGCUCCCACAAAUUAUCAACCUGAUUCAGCAAUUUGAUUCAGGAGUGAAUAUCGAUCCAGCAGAAUUCCGUGCUUUUCCAGAGUUUUACAAAAAAAGACUCUGGAUUGUCUUUUUGCAGGAUUUGAGCACCCAUGGCAAGGCCAGCAAUUAUUGCCCACUCUUCAUAGCCUGAAUGCUCGGCUAGGCUAUUUCAGAGGGCAGUUAAGAGUCAGCCACAUUGCUGUGGGUCUGGAGUCACGUGUAGGCCAGACCGGGUAAGGAUGGCAGAUUUCCC